AUGGCUGUCGCAAUCAACGACCGCACUGCGGAGUUCCGUCAGAUUGUCUCCGCCGCACAACGAAAGCAAGCAGCGAAACCAGGCUCUCAAAGACUCCUCAGCGAUGCUCAACGAAGCGCAGCCGGGCCGCCGCGCCGCUCCGAGUUCGCGCGUCAGGCUGCGGAGAUCGGAAGGGGCAUCUCAGCUACGAUGGGGAAGUUGGAAAAGCUGGCGCAACUGGCCAAGAAGAGAUCGCUUUUUGAUGAUAAUCCGGUUGAGGUCAAUGAGUUGACAUUUAUUAUCAAGCAAGACCUAUCUCGACUCAAUGAGGAGAUCCGCAACCUUCAGGCCCUUUCGAAGCGUCUACACCCCAAGCCAGAUCAAGAAGGAGAAAACAACAAGAAUAUCCUACUGCUCCUUCAGGGAAAGCUGGGCGACGUCAGCGCAAACUUCAAGGAAGUUCUCGAAAUCAGAACCAAGAACAUCCAGGCAUCAAAAUCGCGGACUGAGGCAUUUGUGUCCACUGUUGGACAGCAUGCCCAUGCGGCCCUCCCACCGUCAACAUCCCCGCUUUAUGGCACCCCGAAUAGAGGAACACCAAUGCCGUCCACUGACCUAAUUUCCCUGAAUCCCAUGGGCGACCAACAGCUGCAGCUGCAGUUACUGGAAGAAGGUCAAAACACUUAUAUCCAACAACGAGGGCAAGCCAUCGAGGCCAUCGAGGCCACUAUCAAUGAGCUGGGAUCGAUUUUCGGGCAGCUGGCUGCCAUGGUCAGCGAACAGUCUGAAAUGAUCCAAAGAAUUGACGCCAAUACAGAGGAAAUCGUGGACAAUGUCGAAGGAGCUCAAAAGGAAUUGCUUAAAUAUUGGUCUCGAGUGUCGAGCAACCGGUGGUUAAUCGCCAAGAUGUUUGGCGUAUUAAUGAUCUUUUUCCUGCUCUGGGUAUUGAUCGCCGGGUAA